GUAGCCCCCUGUCCUCCAGCCUCACCCACGAUGCAGCAGACGACCCACUCGACCCUCUGUACGCCCACGUCGAGGACCAGGAUGCCUCCAAGGACCUGGGUGUGGGCGCGGAAGAGGGCGGUCGCACGGGCGUCCUGGAUAUGCCUGAGCCCACCACGGAGGAGGAGAAGGACAAGGUAGAGAGGUUCGAUCCGUCCAGACUCAACUACACGGCCCUCCGCCUCGAGCUGGACGCCGAACUGGAGAGAGUGAACAAGCGGGAGGGAAAGCUGAUUGGCGAAUCGCGGCUGCCCAGCUUCCUCUCCAAUCGGAAGUUCCUCGACUUCGAGAUGGUCGUCAAGGAGAUCGAGACGUCCAUUAUGUCGACCAUGUCUUGUAACGCGUGCAAGGCCGGUGUUGGUCUCCUGCAGCACUACGUUCAAAAUGGCAAGACGAAGGAGGACAUCAUCCGAGCUGCCUCAAAGCUCUGUACUUCCUUCAAGAUUGAGACGCCCAGAGUGUGCUUUGGUGUGAUCCACCUCAUGGCCGAUGAGGUUGUUUAUGUGAUAGAAAAUUUAGCCAUGAGCCCAGAUGAAAUUUGCGGCUUUGUCAUCGGUGACAUCUGUGGCACUCCAUACAACCCAUACCACGAAUGGCGCGUGGCUUUCCCUCCUGUGCAGAAGCCUCCAGUCCCCCGCCCUGAGCCUCCUCCGGAGGGAAUGCCAACAUUUAAGGUGUUGCACCUCUCAGACACACACUUCGACCCAGAGUACCAAGAAGGUUCGAAUGCAGACUGCAAUGAACCCUUGUGCUGCAGAGCAAACUCAGGAGUAGUGAGAUCCCCAGAUAAGAGAGCUGGAUACUGGGGAGACUACAGGAAGUGUGACACCCCUGCUAGGACCAUACAGAGCAUGUUGGAGAAUAUUGCUUACCUGCAUCCAGACAUCGACUACAUCAUCUGGACAGGAGACCUUCCUCCUCAUGACAUAUGGAAUCAAACUCGAGAGAGCAACUUGAACAUUCUGAGGUCCACAGUGCAACAGCUUAUCAACUAUUUCCCUUACGUCCCAAUCUUCCCUGCUCUGGGAAAUCAUGAGGCUGCUCCUGUUAAUAGCUUUCCGCCUCCCUUCAUUGUUGGAGACUAUGGUGUAAGUUGGCUCUACGAUGAAUUAGACAGACAGUGGCAACAUUGGCUGCCACAAGAUACCUCUCCCACAGUAAGAAAGGGGGCUUUCUACUCUGUCCUUGUAAGACCAGGAUUCAGAAUAAUCUCCCUCAAUAUGAACUACUGCAAUAAUAAAAACUGGUGGUUACUGCUCAACUCCACCGACCCGGCCCAAGAGCUCCAGUGGUUUAUUUAUGAGCUCCAAGGGGCUGAAAUGAGAGGCGAGAAGGUACACGUGUUGGGUCACAUCCCUCCAGGCCAUCAUGACUGUCUUAAGGUCUGGAGUCAUAACUACUAUUCCAUCAUCAAUAGAUUUGAGUCUACAAUCACAGCACAAUUCUUUGGCCACACGCAUUUCGAUGAAUUUGAGCUCUUCUACGAUGAAUAUGAUCGGCACCGUGUAACGAAUAUUGCCUACAUUGGGCCAUCCGUCACUUCUUACUAUAAACUGAACCCAGGUUAUAGAAUAUACACAGUGGAAGGAGAUUAUGAAGGAUCACGGAAGCUUGUUACUGACCAUGAGACCUGGGUUAUGAACCUCAAUGAGGCAAACAGGGAUGGUCAUGUUCGGUGGUACCAGCUGUACUCAGCACAGCGAGCCUACAACAUGAGAAAUUUAUUACCGCAAGAAUGGAAUCACUUGGUUCACAAGAUGAUGAUUGAUGAUGAUGUCUUUCAAAAAUAUUUAAGAUACUACUGGAAAAACUCAGUCGCGAGAGAAGAAUGCCAUGCCGAGUGCAAAAAGCGCAUGUUGUGUGACCUGAAGUCUGGCCGAUCCAACGACAGGAAGGUGACGUGUGCGAAGAUAGAAGCUCACGAGAAGCUCCAGGAACGCAACGACUGGACGAACUGGAUCUUCUCAGGCAUUACCGUUACGUCCUUGGUUGUUGCUGUCCCAGUGGCUGCCAUCGCCAUACCCAAACUCUUGUUCUUUUUCUUCUAUUGACGAAGACAUGAGUGACGACGUCAUCAAGUUGGACUUGACUUGAACUCUCAGACUUCGACUGACCCUUAAGGAAGACUUGACUGAAUAAAAAAUAUGUGGUUGUGAUAUAAACGUAGUGAUGUGUUCAGUAUGUGUGUGUGUGUGCCCAAUGCGCGUGGUAUUAGCAUGUACAUUUCUUCGGGUGUAGAUGGGAGUAUAUAAGUAAGUUAUUUCUUUGUGUGCAUAUGUAUAAACGAACGGAAGUACAGUGUGUGUAAAUUAUUUCUUUGUGUGUGUGUGUGUGUGUGUGUGUAAAUCCUGUCCUUAUUUAUUUAUAAUAAAAUGUAUUGAUGAAAGUAAAGUCUUUUUUGUUAACAAUUUACUUACAAUAUGUGUAGAAUUUUGUUUAUAGGGAAUGUUUGAUUUUAGAGCAUACUUCAAUCUAAAAUAUUUUGUUAAAUUCUCUUUUGCAGUUGGGUAUGUAAUACAAAAAUUGUUUUUAACCUAUUGCUUUUAAGAGGAUGUUCAUGGUCUAAACAUAAGUACAAAAUGUUUAUUUCCAUUUCAUUUCAUGUGCUCACUUAUUUAUUAUAACCAUAAUGCUUCAUUAGGUAAAAGAUGUGUUGUACACAUUGCUCAUUCAUUUCAUGUAUAUUCAUUUUUGGGUAGCUUGAAUUUCAUGCAAAUGGAAAUUGAUGGUGUAAGUUGAUUUAUUUAUACAAUAUUUUAAAUCAAAACCUUCAUAAUAUUCUUUAGAUUGACCCUGAACAUAAUUGCAACAUCCAUAGAGUAGCUGCAUUGUAUUUUAACCCAUAAGGGAGAUACCCUCUUGUGAUCUGACACACUUAAAGCACAUCAGCAUAAUAGAUUAUCACUUGUUUCAGCUAUAAUUAUAGAAAAAAUGAAUACUGCUUUUGGAAUCGACAACAAAAUCUACAUUAAAUGAUUAGAAAAUAUCACAAUCAUUUUCUGGUGUCCUGUGAUAAUAUUGAUAAUGUACACUGCCCAGCCUAGUGACUGAGUAUGCCUAAAUACGGUUCAAAGAGAAUUCAUAUGCAAAUAUUCUAUGUAUAAAAUAGGUUUUGCUUCUUAUUAUUAUUCAUCUCCUGUUUCUUCAAUAUACAGACUAUUAUUUUCUCUGGAGACUGACAUUGUCCGACCAACAGAGUGACCUCUCUUUGAACUACCUCCUGCUUCUCUGUUUGAUCUCUUGAUUUCUUUGAUUUUCUUCUGCGAAAGUUUGAAGUUUUAUCAAUAGUGUUCACAAAUACAUAUGACACAACCAUCAGACUCAGGGUUCAGACUUUUCAUCAUAUUUGUUAAAACUAUUUUUGGCAGACCAUUUUUGACUAAAUUUUCUCUUAGACUUUCACCAUGACGAACUCUAUCAGAUUAUCCCAGACUUUUUUUUUUUCAGACAUGCUUUAGAAGGAUAAAGAUUUAAUCAUGCCUGGUACUUAAUGAUUUGCAUUAUGUCUCUUAGAGAGAAAAAAAUAAAUUAAAAAAUGAAUCUGAACUAUAACACAAAUUCAUAUAAUUCUUUUGAAUUGUUCUGAAGGGAACUGAAAUUCAUGUGUUAAUUGUUAUUGUGAAAUGACAUGUGAGAGUCCAUCUACAGAAAUAAUGGUUUAUACUUAAUGAAAUAAAAAUCUAGUUUAAAAUUC